AGAGAUGUUUUGUAUGGGCAUUGCCAUGAGCACAUUCAAAAGCCACGACGCAUCAGUAUUUAGAAUGUCCAUUUCCUGCUAUACUUUUUCAGUAGAUAGCUUCCUUGAUCCAUUUUGCCCAUAGUGGGCGUGCCAAACGAUCGGUCAUCUAAACGUCAGUAGCGCUCGAGCAGUCCUGCCCAGUAGCGACAUGUCACGGGGAAACCUUGGCCGCUCGUGAGGAUGUCGCAAAGGGAUGGAGCGGUAUGGCACCGCCGACGUACAUUAUAAACAGUAAGGUAGCAGCAGCGCUUCCCAGAUCUCCCCCCAGCCAGCUACCCCACCAACACUCCAGCCCCAGCCCCGGGCCCAGCCAUGACAGCCAAGUCGUCCCUGCUCAAAGUGAUCCUCCUGGGGGACGGCGGCGUGGGCAAGUCCUCCCUCAUGAACCGCUACGUCACCAACAAGUUUGACACGCACCUCUUCCACACAAUUGGCGUGGAGUUCCUCAACAAGGAGCUGGAGGUGGACGGGCGCACCGUGACGCUUCAAAUCUGGGACACGGCGGGCCAGGAGCGCUUCCGCUCGCUCCGGACACCUUUCUACCGCGGCUCUGACUGUUGUCUGCUAACCUUCAGCGUGGAUGACAACCAGAGCUUCCACAAUCUCAACAACUGGAAGAAGGAGUUUGCCUACUACGCUGAUGUCAAGGAACCCGAGAAGUUCCCGUUUGUGAUCCUGGGUAAUAAGUUGGAUGUGCCGGAGAGGCAGGUUUCGGGCGAGGACGCCCGCCAGUGGUGCCGCGAGAACGGCGGCCACCCGUACUUUGAGACGAGCGCUAAGGACUCGACCAACGUGGCGGCGGCGUUCGAGGAGGCGGUGAGGAGGGUGCUGGCGCAGGAGGAAAGGGGGGAGCACCUCAUCCCCACAGACACAGUGGACCUGCACAGGAAGCCGCGCUCUGGCGCCUCCUGCUGCUGAGGAGAUGUAGGGUUGAUUACCUUUAUUUGACUCUUAAAGGCCCAAUGCAGCUGUUUAUCUCAAUUUAAAAUGGGCAAAAAUAGCUUUUUAGCAAAAAACUAUUUCUCAAGCAAGAAUUUAGCUAAUAUUGUCUGGGUGUGGUCUGAGGAGGGGAAAACAAGCUGUUAUUGGCAGAGAGGUUUGGAACUGUCUUUUAUUGGUCUAUUAACCAAUCUGCCGCAUGGUGAUGUCACCAUGGAAGCUGAAACUCCCGCCCAUGCAAACCUGCUGAUUUAUAAUGUUCUGUGUAGAUUAUAUUUUCAACCACCAACUAUCAGGAAAUAAACGGAUCAAAUUUGUUCACACUUU